AUCCAGACGUUUAAUGUUGAGGCACCAUGCCAGACCGUGGAAGAUUUAACGAGUGGGGUUGUGAUGGCCCAGGUUCUUCAAAAAAUAGACCCGGCUUACUUUGAUGAAAAUUGGCUGAACAGAAUCAAAACAGAAGUAGGAGAUAAUUGGAGGCUGAAGGUAAGCAACCUGAAGAAAAUUUUGAAGGGAAUAUUGGAUUACAAUCAUGAGAUUCUGGGGCAACAGAUAAAUGACUUCACCCUUCCUGAUGUUAACCUGAUUGGAGAGCAUGCUGAUGCUGCAGAGCUUGGGAGAAUGCUUCAGCUUAUUUUGGGAUGCGCUGUGAAUUGUGAACAGAAGCAAGAGUACAUCCAGACCAUAAUGAUGAUGGAAGAAUCAGUUCAACAUGUUGUCAUGACAGCCAUUCAGGAGUUGAUGAGUAAAGAGUCUCCAGUCUCUGUUGGAAAUGAUGCUUACGUUGACCUUGAUCGGCAGCUGAAGAAAACUACAGAAGAAUUAAAUGAAGCAUUAGCAACAAAAGAAGAAAUUGCCCAGAGAUGUCAUGAGUUAGAUAUGCAGGUUGCAGCCCUCCAAGAGGAGAAGAGCAGCCUGCUUGCUGAGAACCAGAUUUUGAUGGAACGCUUAAAUCAGUCUGAUUCUAUUGAAGAUCCCAACAGCCCUGCAGGUCGUAGGCACCUGCAGCUGCAGACACAACUAGAACAGCUCCAAGAGGAAACAUUCAGAUUAGAAGCUGCCAAAGAUGACUAUCGAAUACGCUGUGAAGAACUAGAAAAGGAAAUUGCAGAAUUGAGACAACAAACAGAAGAGCUUACUACACUGGCAGAGGAGGCUCAGUCUUUGAAGGAUGAGAUAGAUGUACUCAGGCAUUCUUCUGAUAAAGUAGCCAAGUUAGAAAGCCAGGUAGAGUCAUACAAAAAGAAAUUGGAAGAUCUGGGUGAUUUGCGGCGUCAAGUGAAGCUUUUAGAGGAGAAGAAUACAAUGUACAUGCAAAAUACUGUGAGCCUGGAGGAAGAAUUAAGAAAGGCCAACGCAGCACGCAGUCAGCUGGAAACAUACAAGAGACAGGCAGUUGAACUACAAAACAGGUUAUCUGAAGAGUCCAAGAAAGCUGAUAAAUUAGAUUAUGAAUGCAAACGACUGAAAGAAAAAGUAGACAGCCUCCAAAAAGAAAAAGAUAGAUUAAGAACAGAAAGGGAUUCCUUGAAAGAAACUAUUGAAGAGCUUAGAUGUGUACAAGCACAGGAGGGUCAACUCACCACUACAGGAUUGAUGCCUCUGGGAAGACAAGAGCCUUCUGACAGUUUAGCAGCAGAAAUCAUUACUCCUGAAAUAAAGGAGAAACUCAUUCGCCUUCAGCAUGAGAACAAGAUGUUAAAAUUGAACCAAGAAGGUUCUGACAAUGAAAAGAUUGCCUUGUUGCAGAGCCUUCUUGAUGAUGCAAACUUACGGAAGAAUGAACUGGAGACAGAAAACAGAUUGGUAAAUCAGAGACUUCUAGAAGUGCAGUCCCAGGUUGAAGAACUACAAAAAUCUUUACAGGAUCAAGGUUCAAAAGCUGAAGAUUCAAUUCUUCUGAAAAAGAAACUUGAAGAACAUCUAGAGAAGCUCCACGAAGCUAACAAUGAGCUACAGAAGAAACGAGCAAUUAUUGAAGAUUUGGAACCAAGAUGCAAUAACAGUUCACUUAAAAUUGAAGAAUUACAAGAAGCUUUACGGAAGAAGGAGGAGGAAAUGAAACAAAUGGAAGAACGAUACAAAAAGUAUUUGGAAAAGGCCAAAAGUGUCAUCCGCACAUUAGAUCCUAAACAGAACCAGGGUGCUGCUCCUGAGAUUCAGGCACUGAAAAAUCAGUUGCAGGAGCGGGACAGAAUGUUUCAUUCUCUGGAGAAAGAAUACGAGAAAACAAAAAGUCAAAGAGAAAUGGAGGAAAAAUUUAUCGUUAGUGCCUGGUACAAUAUGGGGAUGACUCUGCACAAAAAAGCAGCAGAAGACAGACUGGCUAGUACAGGCUCAGGACAGUCCUUCCUGGCUAGACAAAGGCAAGCCACGAGCACAAGGAGAUCUUACCCUGGUCAUGUUCAGCCAGCAACAGCAAGGUAGAGAAGCCUUGCCCUUAGAAAGAAAACUGCCCUGUGAUCCAGGCCACUUCUGUUGCAAGUGACAACAUUCAAGGAAAAUAAACCAGCAUCCUUUCUCUUUCUCCCUUGUUACUGCUAUUAUUUUACAGUUCAGGAAAGGGUUUUAUUAUGGUUUCUCAUUGUUCUGUAAUGCCCUUUGCUUAUAUUUUUGAAGUCCAUCUCUCUCUCUCUCUCUCUCUGCAUUUUUUGAAUGUGCCAAAAUUUUAAAACCAUCUAGAGGAGUGCUGUAUAAUAACAGUCUUAUUUGUAUGAAGCCUGGUCUCUUAUGAAAAGCCUCAUGUGGACCAUGUAACAAUGUAAAUUUCUUGUCACAGUUGGUACUUUUGUGCCAUAAGGGUUGCUAUGCUUUAUAUAAGACUGUUCUUGUUCAAAGGGAAUUAGGUUUUUUAUUUCAUGUGCUAACCUGUUGCUUCAGAAAAAUGCUGAAAUCUCAGUACAGAAAUGCAAAAUUAGAAUACAAUGUUAUUGUGAAAUGUAUUUCCUGCUAAAAAACUUACCAAUGCAAAAAAUAAUGAUUUUUUUUUUUUUUAAUUUCCUACAUGCAAAGUUUUUUCUUAUUUUUGGCAUUUGAUAGGGAAGCAGGAUGAUUUUUUCAGGUUUUUCUUUAUCAACUGGUGUUACCUCUCGCUCGUAGAGAUGAAUAUUUUCAAAUGGUUUGUUCCACUCUUCUUGGUCAAGUGUACUCUUAAAUACAUAUUCUAAAAAAGUGGAGAAAUAUUUAGAAUGCUCUAAUAUGCUACUGCAUCAUCCAUUUAAAAAGGACAUUUGUUUUAAAUUUUAUAAUUAUGGAUGAGGAAUACAUAAUGGAUCAAGGCCCCAAUUAAUAUUGUUAAUGUAUUCCAGUUGUCAUCCCCUACUAAAAUACUUGCUUUUAAUAUAUUGAUUCUGGGGAUAAUUGUAUCAGUUGCCUUACUAAUGGUACCAGUGCCUUCAGGUGAGUUUGUUGCUGACUUUGUUGGAAACUGGCUGUGAUUUGUUGUACUUCCUUUUGAGUAUGUAGCUCCUUAAUUGUUGUAGUACCUUCAUGUUCAUCAGUGGGGUGGAUGGAGGUUCCUCCUAUUUAGGUUCUGUUCCUACAAAGUUGUGCUUUUUCCCCUGACUAAUUCUCUGCAUUCCCUAUCACUUUUGUUGAAGAAUUUUUGGACACAGAGAACCUGAAUAUUGGUUGAAACUUCCAUAUACAUACAUCUUGUUGUAAUUUAGUUUUAAAUAGUUUUCAUUUAGAGACUGUUUGGACCCUGAUGCACAUGCAGUUGGUUUAUUCUUUUAUCUUAUUUUAAUACCCUCCCAAGUGAAGACAUUUUGUUAUAAAUCCCUUUAGAGAAAAUACAUAAUAGCAUUUAUUAAUCAUCUGAAUGUCUAUGUUAAUUCACAAGUUGGGUAGAAUGAGCAAAGGAUAAUUAAAACAAGCACACCUAGAUUAAAGGGUAAUAAACAGGUGAAUAACAUUUUUAGGUACUGCUGCUUUAUUCUCAAGUACAUGAUCUGUUUUAAUUUAGGCUAAGAAAUACAUUCAGUAUGUGUCUGAUAAUAAUUUUCAGUUCUGGUUAUCCACCCCCCCCCAGAAACAGAUGCUGAAUUCUAUUAAUUGCAUGUAGCUUUACUCUUCACAUUUGGAAAAAGACGGUUUUCUGAAAGUUCUCUUUACUUAUUCAGGGUAUGACAGGUCUGGGCUGUGGUCGCAAGGAUUAGGUAAGACAUUGCAAGUUUCUUGUGUGCAGGAAGGUAACAAUGAGAAGGAAGUUGAGGACAAUUUCUGUAGCUCAGUGAGGUGAUACUCAUUUUGCUGUCUCUUACUGAGAUACAGAAUGCUGUGUGUGUUAUCUGGCAAGAUGGCUACAGUUUGUGUGGGACAUCUUUCAUUGAUCUGGUUGUGCAAUGUAUUCUAGUAAUUUGAAGAACUCUUUGCCUCAUGCUGUGUGUGAACAGGAGCAAAUAAGAUCAGUUCUCCGAGGGAAUUUGGUGUUCUUGUUUGAGAUUACAGCAUUUUAUAUCAGAGAAAGAACCUAAGAAUACCUAAAGCUUCCUUUUUAUUUUAAUCUGUCUGGCUUUUUCUGUUACUAAACUGCUAAAGGCUAUUUGUAAAAGAAAGGAAUGUGACCUUAACGGGAAGCUUUAUCUCUUAAUUUUGUCUAAUAAUUUAAUUCCCUAUUGCUGUUAAUCAGGCUCAGGUCUAAAAUAACUAGAACACGGUCUGCAAUCUAGAAUACAACUAGUUGCUUUUAUUUUGUUAACACUUGUUUUACCAUUUUGCCUCCAAAGUUUGGAUGAUUAGUUAGGAGAUGAACAAAUGCUGGUUAGAGGCCUUGUCUUUUGCUUUUACUUUCCAAUCUCUCAUGGCUUCUUUUGCUUCUUGGCAGUUGUUGGCUUUUCUCUUCUGCUUUGUGAUUCUGUCUUUCCUUUUCCCUUAAGAUAAGACACUAAAGUGUUUUUUGUAGUUCCCUUCAAGAAUAUAUAGCAUCAUUAUGUAGCAUCAAAGACUAAUAUUGAAUCUGAGCUUUCCUGUUGCCCACAGUGAUUGUUGGGCAAGUGAACAAUCAUUAUGUCUUUUGAGAAUUUACAAACCUGCAGAAAUUCUGGUAUUUCCCAGAAUUUUUGUUGAACAUAAAAACCUAAAAAUGUACUGCACUCUUGAGGAAGUAUACUUGGUUGCUGUCCAGUUCCAGUAAGUCAUUUGUUCUGCCUUAAGGAAUUUAAUUCCUUAUUCUUUAGCAUUUUAAUUCUGUUACUUGCUGCAUACAUCCAUUGUUAAUCUUUGGGUGUGAAUGAAUGCAAGUGGUAAACAUCAUUAAACCUCCUCUUUCACAAGAACAGCUUCUUUAUUCGAAGGGUUCAAGUUUCAUUAUUUUCCUUGCUUGUUAUGUAGCUUUGAAAGUAGUGUGGUAUUAAGAAAAAGAAGAAGCUCAGAGUGUAACUCCAGGGAAUAAACACAUAUGUAGGUGAGCCACCAGUGAAUGUUCUUUAUUUGUCUUAUCUUCAGUAAUAAAAGAAUAUAAGCAAUAAACCCAAGCUAUGAAACAGAAUUCUCUCAGUACAUUGGAUAGUUCUAGGAAGUUUUUAGGGAUACUUUUUUCCUGAGGCAAUAAAGACUGUUUACAUCAAAAUUGUAGUGGUAAUUGCUAAAGCAAUGCUAUAUCCUGUCCUGAUACACUACAG